AUGACAGACCAACAGAUGAAAUGAAAGGUUGAAAACUGAUCUUGAGUGCCAGAGUACUACUGUGGGACUCAUGAUUAUGUCACAUGUAGCCAGUGCUACAUGAACAGACAUUAUGACUGAGACUCAAUUCAGAUUUGUGGAGCGGAUCAGCUACAUGAGAGGCUCAACCUACUCCGUAGCUUUUCAAGAGACCUCGAAUUUAGGGCUGAACAACAUGACUUAUUUACUUCAAUACAAGGUCUUAACGAAGCUCUGAUAGAUAUUUCUGAAGUUAUCACAGUCCUAGAAGUGUCAGCUGAUGAGUGACUUCUGCACAAUAACCGUGAAGAACUCACAAGGCUGGUAUACCAAGGAAAGAAAAUUUUGUCAGACAUUUUUAAUGGAUCUCUAUUCUCUAAUCAAAAAGACUCUAAUCCAGUUUUAAGACUUCUGUUUGACAGCCAAGUGCUUGACUCUCAGAAGGCACUUUCUGAGCCUGCUUCAAAACCAGAGGGCUUUCAGGCUACAAUAGAGAAUCGAUCUGCUCAAGUGAAUUCACUUGAAUUUUCUAAAGAGAAGUUUGAAGAGCUAGAAGAAAUCAAGAAAGUAGAACUAGAGACUAGUACAACAGAAGAUUCAGAUCAAAAGUGUCAGGUUCAGAAAAUCUGCACGAAUGAGAUCGAUGAGGAAUAUUUUAAGGAUCAGCUAGAAUCUGAGAAGAAAAACACUUAUCUGGAGAAUAGUUUCGCUGAAAAACAAUGAAAAGAUUACCUUGCUUUGAACCAGGCUCAUAGAAAUUUCGAGAAGAUUUACCUUGAGAAUCGUCAUAUUAGGGAUACCUUAACAGACAAAAGCCGAGAUAUCAUAGAAGUCUCUAACACUGUUUUUCUAGGAGACGCAGUUGGUAAGUCUUCAAUACUGGCAAAAAUUGCUGAUCAAGAAGCCCAGUUAUGUCAAGACCCAACUUUUGUAUUCGAGUUUGAAGCGUUUAAAACUGAAUUCUUUGGCCGACAAGUCUGUGUUAGGAACUUUGAUAUCUCUUCUCAACAAAAAUUUCACAAUAUUGGUCUUAGUUUUGCUAAAUCUGUUGAAUGUAUCUUUUUGAUCUACGACAUCACUAACGCAAAAUCCCUCGAGAGAUGCCAAUCCUGGAUGAAUGAAAUCCCACCUGACAGAAUGGACCAAAAGAUAAGCUACCUUGUAGGCAACAAGGCUGACCUUGAAGAUCAGAGAGAAGUCACUCUCGAAGUUGCUGCUGAGUUUAGAGCCAGUAAUGGAAUUGACUUCCACUUUGAAGUAUCUGCUAAGACUGGAGAUGGUGUUGCCAACUUAGCCCAGCAUCUUCUUAAGCAUUUAUUUGUCACAAGGCAUAUUAUUUCUCCUCUCAGUUCUCCCCAAGACAAGCCAAAGAGCUGGUUCGGUGGCGUUUUUAGAAGGUAAUUAAAUUUUAAU